ACACAUUUAAACAUUAGUUAGGUUAAAAGAAGGUUGACUUCAACAGCAGGAGGCAAUAAAACCUGAAUACACACUUAUUCUGUUUGUGUGAUCCCAAGAAUCAAGCAGUUUCUUUUAUUUUAGUUGGAAGUCAAGAUUCUAACUGAAGCAUGCCUCAUACAUUUCCUGAACUCGAUAUGAAUGAAAAUAAAAAAUCAAGACUUUCAGACCUCUUGGCAGUGUAUUACCUUGGAUUAUAACCCUAGAAAAGAUGGCAGAUGCAGGGGUGAAUGGAUCUUACAGCUUUCAACCACCCUCCUUGGGACUGAGUAUCAUACUUAUAUCUCUUGACUCACUGAUGGCUAUAACAAACAUUGCCAUAAUUUGUGUGAUCAUCAAGACCAAGGAUCUAUGGAGUGUGAGUGGAUACUACAUGUUUCUGAUUGCAUUACUUGACAGCACAAUGGGAAUCAUUCUUCUUGAAGAAGUGAAUCAGGUUAUUGAUGGAAAGAUUAUUGAAAUAAGGUGUAGAAUCCAGGCAUACAUGCUGAUUGCUGUAUUAUACUGUAGAAUGAGCCUGUUUACCUGUAUGAGUAUUGAUAGAGCCAUCAUGUUAAAAUACCCAUUGAGAUAUAACACAAUGGUAACAAAAUUUAAAACAAAGAUUAUUCAAGGAGUAGUUUGUGGAUUUUGCUUUCUAUUUAUACUCCCUGUUCUGAUAGGACAGUAUACAUACAGAGACUAUGGUUAUUUGUGUGAGGUGAACUAUCAAUCACAGUCUAUUUACAUCUACAUCUAUUUUGGGAUGGGUAUGCUUAUAUGUGCCAUCCUGACUUUAGCAAAUGUUUCAAUAUUUAUAAUGGUGAGAGCCCAGCAGAAGAAGAUCAAUGUCAUUUCUGUAAAUGGAGAUGGAGAGAGUUUUGAUAUGCAGGUACAAAACAAGAAAAGAGCAAAUUUCAAGUUACAACUGAAAGCUGUUCGGAUGUUGUUUCUCAGCAUUGGUAUCUUCUACAUAGCAAUAAUGCCUCACACAGUUUUCAUUAUGACGUAUCAAACUUUCACAAAAACCGAAUUGAAAC